ACAACAGUUAUUAUUAAAUGACUGCGGCGGCGAGGCCCCGUACCCCGCACUAAGGGGGGGGCCGCCCCGGCUGCGUCACGAAAACGCAACAAUAUACGAAAAGCAAAAAGCUACAGAAAUGUUAAAAGACCUAAAGGCAUCUGAAGCAAAUCUACCUCAAGUAAUAAUUGAAGACCCCCUUAAUAAUCUAUUUCUUGAACUCAUAAGCUUGGAUCAAGAAUCUAGAGCAUCUACAAAUAAAGCAAUUGGUGUUGAAUUGGAUCAUAUCAAUAUAAUAUCAGAGUCAGAUGGCAGAUUAUUAAAUAGCGAUUCAAAUCAAUGGAUCGUUGAUACGAUCGAUAUUACGUGUCUUUUAUUACACUACCAUGAAUUAUCGAUUGAGAAAGCAUCAGAGAAUAUUAUGAAGGAUGUUGCAGAGAUUCUGUCAGAGAUUCUCUCGUUGAAUCACAUUUUCUUGUUUGAUGAACAUGCCAUAACUGGGAUUCAAGUAAUGUUCGAUAAGCAGUUAUGGGAAGAUAUUUUUAAAAGCAUUAAAAUAAAAUUUGCUUCUUAUGAAUUAUCUGAUUGUGAUAUUAUAAGGUUGUUCAAACAGGUAGCAACUAAUAUCAAAGAUUGUAGAUCAUUACUUAGACAAUGGCAAAUAGAGAUCGAAGACUAUCAGGAGGAUGUGGUUUUAGAAGUUUUCAAAUCUAUGCAAGAUAAAGUGAUGUAUUUGCUAGUAGCAGAGGUGAAGCCAACAUACAAGGAAACUUCCGAUGAUUUAAUUAAACUAGGGAAUGGGAUGAAGGGUGUUAUAGAUAAGUGUAUCAAUGAUGGAAUUAAUAUUAAAGGCAUUUCUAUUUGCGGUCUAUUGAUAGAGGGGGUUCAAUGUAGUGUCUUUGUGAUGGACUUAGACUAUGAAGCUAUGUAUCGAAUGAUCCUUCUUGACAAUGACGUAGCCGAAAGCCACCGAUCACAACCAGUAUUUAAAGAAGCAACAAAAAACUUACUUGCAAUGCUCUUUCCUCUUUCAGCACAACCAAGCAUUACAACC